ACGACAAUCGUUUGGUCACUCACACGCUGCGCUAAGUUGUGGAACCAGCAGUGAAGAGUAAAGUUAUCGCGUAUAUUAGCAAUAAUUUUUAUACAGUGAAAGUCUAAAUUCACACGAAAUGGCCGCACGCAUUAUGAAUUUGCCGAAACACGGCCUCUGCAGUCUGGUGAGAACAAGCGCUCUCACACGCCAUUAUGCCGGCAGCACCGGCACAGCGACGCCACCACAAUUCACCACACUGAGCGUCGAUGAUAAGACCGGCAUCGCUAUGCUCACACUCAAAAGACCGCCAGCGAAUGCGCUCAACGCCGCCUUCAUGGGCGAAAUAGCGCGCUCCAUUAAAGACUUGGAGAAAUCGAAAUGUCGCGGCCUCAUACUCACCUCGUCGUCGGAGCGCAUUUUCUGCGCUGGACUCGAUCUGAAAGAAUGCUACCAAGCAGAGACGUCGCAUCUGCAGGGCAUUUGGGUUGCUUUGCAAAAUCUCUGGCACACGCUCUACUCGACGCCGCUCAUCACUGUCGCGCUAAUUAACGGGCAUACAGUGGCAGGCGGUGGCAUGCUAGCGCUGAGCAGCGAAUAUCGCAUUAUGCUGCCAAAUUUUAAGAUCGGCAUCAACGAAACUAUGGUGGGACUGGCGGUGCCGAUGUGGUUGAUAGACACCUACCUCAAUGUUGUACCCAACAGGCGCAUCGCCGAAUUGGAUCUAACAGCUAGUCGUAUCUAUAACAGUGAAGGCGCAGUGAAAGCAGGUCUAGUUGAUGAGUUGGCAGCUAGCAAGGCGCAAGGUUUGGAGAGAGCUGUCGAAUUCAUCAGCAGCUAUCCAAAGCACUCGCUGGUGGCGCGUGCGAUCACCAAACGCCAAUUUCGCGCGAAAGAUUUAAAGAACUUUCAGGAUAAUCGUCAGCAUGACUUGGAAAUAUUUCUGAGCAACAUACAGAAGCCUCAAGUGCAGUCGUAUCUAGGAGAAUAUUUGGAGAGUUUGAAAAAGAAGGCGUAGAUAAGCAAAAGGUCCAAAUGGAAAACAACAUUUUGUGUUCAGCGUGAAAAGUGACUCGCAACUAAGAUUUAUAUCGAAAAAGGUGAAGGAGGUAGUUUUGAAUGACUAUACUGUUAUGCUAUAUAUUAUUUGAGAAAUAUAUGUAUAUAUGCUAAAAAUUUAUGUUACAAAAGUUAAAUAUUUAUUUUUAAUUUUAAAUUAGAAAUUUUAUUCCGGAUUGUCGCGACCUCUUUCUAUACAUUAGGCCCAAAUAGCAACUGCUGUUAUCUUUGUAAAGUUUAAUAUAUAAAUAAAAAAAUAUGCUGAAUCUGUGAUGAAAUCUUUA